UUUACGCCAUUUGUGGUGCUCGUGAUAUUGUAUUAUAUACGUCGUGAACUAGGUUUCAGUUAUUUAGUCUGUUUAUGUCUGUUGUAAAGUGAGAUAUCAGAGACUUUAAAAAUGUCUGCAAAUAACACCAAAUUGUCGACUACGGAGCGAGUCGUCAAAAGUGUUCCAUUUCCCCCUAGUCAUAAACUGACAAUGAAUGAAGUGUUCGAUCCAAAAACUAACAAACCCCGAAUAGACGUUCUUAAACAACACUUUGUUUUGGAAGGUAGGAUAGAAGAAGCCGCUGCCUUGCGUCUCAUCAAUGAAGGAGCUGCAUUGUUACGCCAAGAGAAAACUAUGAUUGAUAUAGAAGCCCCUGUAACAGUAUGUGGUGAUAUUCAUGGACAGUUCUACGACCUAAUGAAGUUAUUUGAAGUAGGUGGGCCACCGGCUACAACUAAAUAUCUCUUUCUUGGAGAUUAUGUAGACAGGGGUUAUUUUAGCAUAGAGUGUGUCCUCUACUUGUGGGCAUUAAAAGUAUCAUAUACCAACACAUUAUUUUUAUUACGAGGCAACCACGAGUGUAGGCAUUUAACAGAAUAUUUCACUUUCAAAACAGAAUGCAAAAUCAAAUACUCCGAAAGAGUAUACGAUGCUUGUAUGGCGGCUUUUGACUGUUUGCCUUUAGCGGCACUCAUGAACCAACAGUUCCUUUGUGUUCACGGUGGCCUAUCGCCCGAGAUUCACACGUUAGAAGACAUUAAAAAGCUGGACCGAUUCAAAGAACCUCCAGCUUUUGGUCCAAUGUGUGACCUUCUGUGGUCAGAUCCUCUUGAAGACUUUGGAAACGAAAAAAAUGCAGAACACUUCAGUCAUAACAGUGUCAGGGGUUGCUCAUAUUUCUAUAGCUAUGCAGCAUGUUGUGAAUUUCUUCAACACAAUAACUUACUCUCAAUAAUUAGAGCACAUGAAGCUCAAGAUGCAGGCUAUCGUAUGUACAGGAAGAGUCAAACAACGGGUUUCCCUUCUCUCAUCACCAUUUUCUCAGCACCAAAUUAUUUGGAUGUGUACAAUAACAAAGCUGCAGUUCUAAAGUAUGAAAAUAAUGUCAUGAAUAUUAGGCAGUUCAACUGCUCCCCCCAUCCAUAUUGGUUACCAAACUUCAUGGAUGUUUUUACGUGGUCUUUGCCUUUUGUGGGAGAGAAAGUUACAGAGAUGUUGGUAAAUGUUUUGAGUAUCUGUUCGGAUGAUGAACUGAUGUCUGAAGGAGAUGACACAUUUGAAGGUGGUGCAGCGGGAGCUAGAAAAGAAGUUAUCCGAAACAAGAUUAGAGCUAUAGGAAAAAUGGCCAGGGUGUUCUCUGUGCUUCGAGAGGAAAGUGAGAGUGUUCUUCAACUGAAAGGCUUGACCCCAACUGGAACUUUACCAUUAGGAGCUCUGUCUGGUGGCAGAACAUCACUGAAAAAUGUACUUGCUUCUUCUGCAGAACUGGCAGGGUUCUCACCACAUCACAGAAUUACUAGCUUUGAAGAGGCCAAAGGUUUGGAUAAGAUAAAUGAACGCAUGCCACCCCGCAAGGAUGCAGCACACACUCCAUCUCCAGUGGGCCAUGGAUCAACAGAUGACUCUACAUAUUCUCAAUCUCAGGCAUCCAUGGCUCAGCAUAAUGCAACACGCCAUAGUUCCUGAGACAAUUCCCAUGAUAUGGCCGAGCACACUGGACUUUGGAACCGGCGAGGGGCAGCCUUGAAACUUUACUUCGCCAGUUUUACAUCCCAGCCUGGUACUGUUAAGGAAACGCAGCUGAUUACUACAUAACACCCUGCCAAGUCCUGCAUUCAGUUGGGAAAUGGAAGUCUGGCACAGAGUGCCAUGGUCUCUGCUUUUCUUUCCAGUUCUCUUUUACUUUCUUAUUGACUUGUUUUACCUAGAGCCAAGGCACCUUUCCAAUCUUUGUUUCCAUCAACAAACUGUCAAAGACAAUCAUGGGAUUAAAGGAGAUUUGUAAAGAAAGCAAAUGGGGAGGAAAUAUAGUGAGCAGUAGGAAAAACAAGACUGUUUCACAUUCCCAGAAAGAAUGUAAAGUUGUCUUGGCUCAAGUCUUCAACUCCUGGGCUACCUGUCUCAGACUAAGCUGGAAGAGACAGAUGUGCAUUCUGUAUCAAACCAAGUGAUAUUUGAUAUUGACUGUUCAAAAUAAAAAAAAUUUACUUUGUUUUCACAACUUCUGUGUAACAUUAGGUAGAGAUGGUCAAAAUAUCAGCAUUGUUUAUUUUUUUACACAAAACCUCUAAAAAUACCAAUCUAUAAAUAUCAUUUGUUGUUCAUAAUGAAUGAAACAUUUGACAGUCCCUUUAUAUAAUUACACAAGUGAUAAGGUAGAGUCAAAUUUGCUUAUGUUAAAAUUUUGUAUUUUAGUGAAUUUUAAAGUAUUAAGAAAAGAAUGUGUUCAAAUCAAAAGUUUGUUAUAAAUUCAUUACUUUGAAUAUUUUUUGUGCAAUAUGAAACCUAUUAUUUUGAUCUAUUAUUCCAUUUUGGAAGUAUACAUAUAUAUUUGUGUGUGUGUGUGUGUGAGUGAGUAUAUAUAUUAUUCCUCCCCAAUUAUUGUUGUUGUUUUUUGUGCAUUAUAGUGGAAGACAGGUAGCCCAAAGUGUUUGAUGGUGUUACAGAUAUGAGCUGCAAUUAAUCCCCUCAGCCUGCCCAAAACCCAUCAAGUGCUUGGCAUUUGGAUUUAUGAUCUCUGUAUUUUGUUGUAUUUGGCAGCUAACACCAAUUAAAUGAAUAACUUGCAUGAGAGACACCUUUACAAUAAACAUAUGGCACACUGUUGUGGAAAGUGAGUUUUGAAUUUUAUCUCAAUACAUUGCACAUUUUCUACAAAGGGGUGCCUUUUGUUUUCUUUUUUGCUGCUGCUGUAUUGCAUUUUAUGCUUUUUGUAUCAUGUUUCCAGUUAUGCUCUUUUUGAAUAGGAAAAAAAUGAAAAAACGUUUAUCCAUCAUUUAGAGCUGAACUCUACUUGCCAUCUAUUUUGCUUGACCUUCCAGCCCCUGGCGGAUGUCCAUAGGUAUAUACAAGUGAUUUGAUGAGCUCUUUUAAAGUCCAUUCAAGCAUAGUUGGGCAUGUUUUGUUAAUAUUUUCAUGGAUUGUUAGUUCUGUUAUAAAAUAAAACAUUAUAAGCUUUAAUCUAAGGAUUCCCCUUUCUCCCAUUUUUGAAAACGUUUUCAAAUUUCACCUUGUAUAACUAUUGUAUAUGUGUAGUGAUAAAUUUCCAACUUAUUAUCAAUACCAAGUUUUUCUCUGGAGUGGGAAGAGCCACUCCUCUCAUCUCUCCUCCUACAUUGUACAGUUACAUGGCAUGGGCCUUACAAUCUCAUAGACGUUUGUCAUUUGAUGGCUUUACAGAGCUAGGGAUGCUUCUGUGGUUUGUUUAAGUAUGUGGUGUACUUUGUUAAAUACAAGAAAGCCUUAACAUGUAUGAAUAAAAAAAAAUGUCAAAGCAAAGACAUGCUUUAAUGAGGUAAAGCCAGAAAUCAGGCCUUAAAAAGUUUUUCAUGUAUUUUUAAGAAAACUAGUGGUGUUGCUACCAGAUGUGUCUUUUUUGAUGUUUUCUUUUAAAUUCCUUCCUUCCAUAUAUUAGGGUCUGUAUCAUUACUGCUUAACUCAUAUUCUCGCACAUUUUAGAUUGCUGGAAGUUUGAUGAUAAUUAAUUUUUUGAACAAAACAUCUAAAAGUGUCAUUUAUUUCAAUGCACAAUGUGUUGUUGUUUUUGACAAAAACUUUUUCAAAAUAUUUUGUCUAGAGUAUUAAAAUAAUCUAAUAUUUAAAAAUGUUACCUUAUUUUUUGUUUAGUUUUAACUGAUUAUUUAAGAAUAGUUUUCAUGGUUGUUUCUUUAAAGAUAGACAGAUAAUUGUAGUUCAGAUUUUUUUAUUUACAAACUGGACAUUGUCCGCCUAGUCAUAAAUAAUAUUUAUGUGAGAAAUGGUGGUUUCAUAGAUUAAAAUUUUGGUCAAGGUUUUGUAUGCCUUUUUGUGUAAUGAAACUGAAAUUAGAGAAAAAGAUUAUGGCCUGCCAAACUUGUCUCAAGUCAAGAGUCUGUUCUUUUUUUUAAUAAUCCUCUGAGCUGAAAUAGUGCCAUUCCUGUAAUGUUCUGAUUGUUAUGUGUUAUCAUUCAAACACAGUUCAUGAGGCACAUUUACAUCUGCCCCAUACUUUACCAAAAUUUAUAUAUAUGCACUUCAGAGCUUCAUUGUCCUUGUGAUAUAUCCCCAUCUUGAAUUAUGUCUGUAUCUUUAACUUACUGUUUAAAACAUUUAUUUUUACUUUUUCCUUUAUCAUACAGUACCUGAAUGAUAGUUUCAGAAGGCUUAUAGAAAUGUCAAAACAUUUGUCUAGGAUGUUUCUAGGCUUAACAAGAGAAAAAAAAAUGUAUUUGAUGGCUUAUGCAUGAUUAAAUUAUAAAAGAUUCUAUCCAGUACUUGUUCCUUUCAAAAUAAAAUCAAUAUAAUAUGACCCUUGUUUGUUGAAACUACAAUUCCACUUCCAUGUCAAUGUUUUUCUUCCUUGCAGUCUUGAUGUAAAUCUUUUAUUAUGAUAAAAUUCAGCUAACAGACAUUCAAGUAACAAUCUACACUAUGGUAAGUUUACUGUUGCAUUUCCAAGAAUAAUUUCUGAAUAGAUAUUUUUUCUUCCGAGAAAUAUUUAGUGAGGUUAUCCACUUUGUGUGAAAUAUAUUCUUAAGUGAGUACACUAGAUAAAAUAUGUAUAUAUUCACAAUUUUUUCCUUAGUUAUUCAUAUGUAUUUUACCCAUGUAACUUGUAAGAAUUAGUUCUCUGCAUACAAAACUUUUUUGGUAGCAUAUAUUGCAUAGAAAUUAUAGUGUUAUGUAUAGUAUCUAUAAUACCUUUAAUUUUGUUAAAAUAAAAUGUGGAAUAUGGUUUUUCCUUUCAAAGUUUUGUUCUAUAAGUAAAAGCUAUUAUUAACGUUUUUAUUUUUUUGUUUUUUUCCAUUUUCAGAGCUAAUCAGUGAUUGUUCUUGUAUGUCUGUAAGUUUAUAAAAAACAACAACUUUUUAACAGUUUUUCUCUUUCAAGAAUUUUAAUGCCAAUAAAAUUUCAGGCCUGUUUCCUGUCUACUGUGCACUUGUUGUAAAUGAUAUCACAAUGUGAUGUUGUAAAGAUUUUCGUGUUCAAUAAAAAUUUAAAAGCAAAAUGGAUACACAAAUAAAACAUGUUCUGAAGCGUAUUUUAUCCAUUUUGAGAGUUUUCAACAGA